AUGCUUCUUUCUACCCGCAUUCUCACGGCUUUGGCGGCCGCUUUGCCGCUGGUUGCAGCUCUGCCACAGCAGCCUAGCAGCGAUUACUGCGCCUCCGACGCAGGUGAGAACACUGUCAAUGUCCACAAGAAGCUGGUCGCUGGUGAGGCUUCUGUCAUGAAGAACCUCGAGACCGGCCAGGUCAACCUCCUCGAAGCCGCCGGGCUUGAUGCGUCCUCGAUCGCGGCUAGGCAGUCUGGCAAUACUCCCAUGGUCUUCAACACCUACGUUCACAUCAUCCAGAGCGCUGCCGGUACCUCUCCUGCUAGUGGUUACAUCAGCAGACAGCAGAUUGAUGCCCAGAUGAGGGUUCUCAACCAGGAGUACGCCAUUGCCAAUGUUGCCUUCAACUACGUCAACACCUCGUACACGGUCAACAGCCGGUGGGCAAAUGCCGCCUACCCCGGUGACAGCAUUGAAAGUGAGAUGAAGCCUCGCCUGCGCGUCGGCGGACGCCUCGAUCUCAACCUCUUCUACAUCCCCGGUUGGAGAGGCAGUGGUGUCUGUCGCUUCCCCAACUGGAUCGGCCGCAACGACGAGUACCUGUCCAUCGAUGGCUGCAUGCAGGCCAGCGACUCCUUCCCCGACGGCACCAGGAACCGUCGCGGAUUCUUGACCGUGCACGAGGUCGGACACUGGGUAGGCCUCCUCCAUACCUUCCAGGGAGGAUGCAACGGUGGUGACCAGGUGGCCGACACCCCAGCCGAGGCCACUCCCAACCGCGAGACUUACUGCCCGACCAACCGCGAUACCUGCCCGAACCAUCCCGGCUAUGACCCUAUCGAGAACCACAUGGACUACUCCCUCGAGUCGUGCAAGACUGGUUUCACUCGCGGCCAGGCUGAAAGACUCCGCCAGAUGGUUUUGAUGUACCGCUAUGCCAGAAACUAA